AUGACAAUCGGACGAUGCAGCCACACAACCUCUAUUUUGACGAAUGGAAAAGUGUUAAUUGCUGGAGGAUACAAUUAUGAUAUAUAUAGUUAUAAUACCGUUUACUUGAAUAGUGCAGAAGUGUAUGAUCCAUCUACAGGGCUCUGGGCAAAGACUGGCAACAUGACAAUUGGACGAUACAGCCACACAGCUACCAUCUUGACGAAUGGAAAAGUCUUAGUUGCUGGUGGAUACAGUAAUAAUGGAUCUUUGAAUACUGCAGAACUGUACGAUCCAGCAACGGGACUGUGGGCAAAGACCGGCAGCAUGACUACUGCAAGGGCUACUCACACAGCUUCCGUCUUGACCAAUGGAAAAAUUUUAGUUGCUGGUGGAUACAGUUAUAACGGAUCUGUAAAUAGUGCAGAACUGUAUGAUCCAUCCACAGGACUCUGGAAAAAGACCGGCAACAUGAGUGUUCAGCGGUACUUUUAUACAGCAUCAACACUAACGAAUGGAAAAGUGUUAGUUGCUGGUGGAUCAGCCGUUAAUGGAUUCAACAAUAGUUUUUCGAAUAUUGCUGAAUUGUAUGAUCCAUCUACAGAACUCUGGGCAAAGACUGGCAACAUGAGUGUUCAGAGGGCCUAUCAUACAGCAUCAAUAUUGACGAAUGGAAAAGUCUUGGUUACCGGUGGAGUAGUAUUUAAUGAAUUCGGCUAUAAUCGUUUAUUCAAUAGUACAGAAAUGUAUGAUCCGUCAACAGGAUUAUGGACGGUAACUGGCAACAUGAAUAAUGCAAGAUGCGCACACACAGCCUCCUCGCUGCUCAAUGGAAAACUUUUGAUUGUUGGAGGAGAAAGUUUUAACGGCUCUCUAAGUAAUGCUGAACUAUAUGCGUAA